GCUAAUCAUUCUGAGGAAUCAUCUCAAACACCAGGCUUGGAUAGAUUCAUGCGUCCGGGCGCAACACAGAGCUGUGCAGUGCCCGUGUGCCACGUCUGGCAGCCCGUUCCUUCGAUAUCUACCUACCUCCUCAUCCGGAUAGCCUGCAGAGAUGAGACGUCUUUCGAGCCGCAAUGGAUUUUUGGUCGCGCCUCAUAGCGAACACGCCGUUAUCCUCGAAACACUCUGCGAGGGAUGCCGCAAGGGACCCCAUUAGGCGCCGCCAGCGUUUCGAGAAGGAAUAUAGUCAGCUGCUGCACGUCUGGCGAAACUGUUCCAACCUCGCCCGCGAUGUCGACGCUGCCGAAGUCCUCGAGGUCCGUCUCCAGGAACUUUCCAACAUCCUUGCUGAAGAAUCACGCCGACCGUUGCCACACCCGUGUAUCUCCUUCGCUGCCACAAAGCAGAUAUAUAUCCCCAUCGCCAAGAUAGCCACUACCUCGUACAAUGAGUGGAUUAUUAAGGAAGCCGUGCUCUUCUUUGCCAGCCUUAUUGAAAGUGAAGAAGAGUCAUUCGUGGAGAACGAUGCGUUCUCCGCGAGCUUAACCAACCUGCUGGUCCGCAUCACUGGUGCCAAUAGUAUACGCUUAGGCUUGGAAACCGAAGUCAAAGUUGUCGAAUUGGCUUUCAACAUUACCACCAAGAUCAGGCUGGAGCCCGAGAUCUUGCCCGCUUGGUUCAAGGUCCACACAAGUGCUGGGACCCAAGACGAUAAGUUUAAGGAUGAGAGGGAGAAGUUCGCUGGUAGAACGCAGAAGCAGGAUUUCCCCCUAUUCUAUCUUCUCAUGGAUUAUAUCCAUCAUGAGGGCAAAGUAGGCGAUUUCGCACGAACAGGACUCCUAUACAUUAUUGAAGCAGCUUCCAACUCCGUGGAGCUCGAGCAAUGGAUUGUCGAAAGCGACCUUUCGACACUCAUGGCAACCGGCUUAGGCGCCUUGUAUAGCCAGCUUAGCCGGAAGCUCGUCAUCGAUCACCCUCCCCAGGGCCUGCCGCCUGCUCUUGCCUUCUCUGACUAUGAACACCCAGUGACAACAUUUGAGAUUGUCAGCUCAUGCAGCCCUGACUAUCAGCUACACAUGGAUACGUUCUUAUCUCACCUCUUAUUUUGGCAGGACGUACUCAACCAUUGCCGAUCUGUCGAGGUCAAAUCUACUCUUCUUGAGCACUUCCAGAUUAUUUUCUUGCAGCAACUUUUAUACCCAUCGCUUCUGGAGUCCUCCGAUGUGGACGGAGGUUCAUCAGUGGCCGUUCUCACCUAUCUACGCCGCAUUUUAGAGUCGCUGGAUCAUCCCGAUAUGAUUAAUUUAAUUCUUCAUUAUCUGCUAGCCCUUCCGGAUACGGAUUCAUCUGCACGCAACUAUUCUGAGCCUGCCGUGAGUGCUGCUAGAAAACGAAAGUCCAUGGAUCUAGCGACUAUGAUGGCAUCGAAGAUGGAGUCGAGUUAUUCUCCAUUGCUAUUCAAUUUGGUUGAUUUGAUCCAUGCGUGCCUCAAAUCUGAAAAUGACCAAACCGUGUGUGUCACAAUACAGCUCGUAGCAACGAUUCUUAAGCGGCAUCAUCGCUACGCUAUCGUGACGCUUCUACACACCCAAGGAAUUGACCGAAACAUCUCCCAUAGGACUAUGGGUGCUCAUCAACAAGAGGUCGAAUUCCUCAUGACGCUAGCUAGUACAAUAGGUGGUCAAGAUAAUUUUGACGAAAUUUAUGACAACAUCCUCAAGGACACUAUGACUCGGGUAGAGGGUCAUCCCUGCUCUCUGAAGCUUGUGGCUCCAAAAGUGUCAACCCACAAUCACAAAUUGCCUGCCAUACCUGAUAGUCUGCCCGGGGCACCUCGCGAUGUGCCGCCACAUACGCUGAGUCCCGAAGACCCCCUCCUGCACAAUUUACUUGAUAUCAUGGAACAGUUUUUUAUUAACCCCAUUGAAGUCAAUCUAUCGGCUACCGAAGCCGUUUUGGAUUUAGCAGUUUGCGGAUACAUCGCGAUAGAAGGCUGGCUUUUGCGUCACCCCAGGACAUAUGUGUUUGACGAUAAUCCAGAUGAACCCUCCUCUCCUAUUCCGGACCCGUCUGCAAGCGCAGUUAAAGAGCUUGAAAAGCUACAAGCGAUUAGUAGAUGUCGUCGAAGACCAAGGUGGCAAUCCUCAAGCCUCCCUCGAAUCUUACGAGUUCUGGAAGCGCUUGCAGACCAAGUUGUAGCUUUUCGAGAGUCGAUCCCAAGAUUUGACGAGCUUAUGCAGCAGCGUCGCGAAGCCUUCCAAACAGCCGAUGCCAUAGUACCCAACGAGCAGAAUGCGCCAACCACGUCUGCUGCAGGAGCUGCGGCUGUCGACACAUCGAGCCGUGGAGGGUCAAGACCAGCUUCGCCCGUCAGACCUAGUGCCCUGGGGGGGUUUCAGAGGAUACUCUCCGAAUUAAGCACUCCAAGUCGAUCAGGGAGUCCCCGUGGACGCAACGAGGCUGCGCGUAGCUCUGGCAAUGGAUCCACGAAAUCAGCAGGCCACCGGGCCACAACGCCAACAUCCAGACCUAUACCAGUGCCCCCAAAGGAGUUUCCACUGAAUUAUAACAGUCCCGGGAAAAGUCCAAGGAAAAGCCCUGGUAAAUCAGGCUCGGGCAGAUCAUUCUCCCCCAGCAGUCACGAUGGAUCGGGUAUAGGUGGCAAUGGCAGUCCUGUGGCAAGCCAGGUUGCUGCCUUUGCCGCCGUGGACCAAGGAAUUCUGUCCAAAAGGAUCGGCCUACCCAAGCUCAAUGUGGAGCCAAUACUUCUCGAUUUCAACCGAAAAAAGACAAGUAGAAGCGAGAGUUUAGAUGAUGAAAACAAAGAAGAGGAAGUCGAGGAUGAUAUUGACCCAACCGAAGCCCAGGUCGCGGCUGAAGAAGACGAAAUCGAGGAAAACCCCGAGCUACAAGCACUGAAGGAGAAGGAAGCUUCCGUGUCGCACAUUUUGACCAAUAUUAUUAUAUACCAAUCCUUCCUCCUCGAACUUGCUAGCCUAAUUCAAGUACGAGCUGGUCUGUUCAACGAGGUGAGAUUCGCAUAAGCCGCUGUUUAGCAUGUUUUAAUUACACCUAGACCGAGUUGUUUCGGGCACGUAAAUCCAUGUCCAAGACAUCGUUUUUACUGGCAUGGUUACGGCGUUGAGAUUUCUGCUCAUGCAGAAAAUUGCUUGUAAUCACAAAUUUGUCAUAGGUACUUAGACAGUUAUUAGUAAUAUUUUGAUAACAUGGCUCUGACCUUACCAGGCCAUAUUCUCAGUCUUGA